GAGCUGCAAGCUAUUCACUGGCUGAGCAACCAGGAGAGAGAGCAACACAGACCAAAAGGCUACCAAACUGCUCUGGAAAAAAAUCAUCGCUCUUUGUUACUAUGGAUUACACGUUUCUGUUUAAAGAGAUUUUAGGUUUGAUGUUGUUAACUUGGUUAUAUAACAGUGCUAAUCAAUUUGAAUGAAGGAAUCGCUACGUUGCUGUUUCUGCACCUAAAUCUUUUCUCCAUCAUUUUGAACGUGCUCAGUGCCACUGGCUGGGAAUUUAUUCACUGAUAAAGCAGUUGAAGCUUCCCUGAGAUUGCCCUGCCGAGAGAGCCACUGAAUUUGCUGGGCGUGCGAGGCUGCGGCGUUUCUACCGCGUCUCGAUUGGGUUUUUGCUUUUAAUAAAGAAAUUGGAAGUUUUUAGAAACAAGCACAAAGUUAUGGAGACCCCUGGACUUUGGAUACGAAUUCCAGUUUCAAACAGAGAGAAAGGCUUAAAGUAUCUAUGCCGGCUGCAAUACAUAGAAAGAGCUCCGUAAUAGAAAUGAGCCCUGCCAUGUCAGUCUGCUAAUCUGUGAUGCUCUGUAAAACACUCAGUUUGAAUCGCUUGGGAAACCCGUGCUGUGAAGAGACGAGCUAUUUCAGCAAGUGAAUGUUAGACUGUGACUGUCUGCGAUUCUGUUUUACUGCAGUACAUUUUUCUUCCUUUUUUUCUAUUUCUAUUGCAGUUGUAUAGUACUUAUUAUCGGUCCUAAACACAAGUAAAGCCAUUUCCGUGAUAUCUUUGAAGGAGCGGAGACCCGGCAGGAGUGCUCUGAAUCGUUUGAUACAUUAUCAGGAUCACUUUGAUUUUCCUGGAAAGUAUUCGAUUGUUUUUUUCCUUUUACAGAUGUUACAGCAUCACCUGAAUUGAAGCUUUCCUCUAUACCUGGAGAUAAGAAAUGUUGUUCUCUCAAUCACGACAAUUUAGUGGACUUACUGUUGGCUCUAAAUGAAUACUGUUUCUUCCACUGUGAUCUUCAUGACUCGGUAUCACUACCGUUAAAAUUACAUUCCAGCGGAUAGCGCAGACCUCUUUCCUGAGGUGCAUUUGCUCAGUUGCUGCGGCCCACUCUCAGAACAGCGUUUAGCGCUUAGUGUGGGGGAGAUGGCAGCUGCACUUGCCAGCUCCCUGAUCCGACAAAAACGACAGGCUAGGGAAUCCAACAGCGACCGCGUUUCAACCUCCAAACGCCGCCCGAGCCCCAGCAAAGAUGGGCGAAACCUUUGUGGGAGACACGUAUUAAGCGUUUUCAGCAAGGUGCGCUUCUGCAGCGGCAAGAAAAAACCAGUCCGGCGGAGACCACCUGCAGAUGCCUCCUCUAACCUUCAAGUGCACGUUGCACAUAAGAGGAGCAGGCUAGAACCCCAGCUGAAAGGUAUUGUCACCCGGUUAUUCAGCCAGCAGGGAUUCUUCCUGCAAAUGCAUCCCGACGGCACCAUCGAUGGGAACAAGGAUGAGAACAGUGAUUACACUCUGUUCAAUCUGAUCCCUGUGGGCUUGCGUGUGGUAGCGAUACAGGGAGUGAAGGCUGGCUUGUAUAUAGCGAUGAAUGGCGAAGGAUACCUCUACACCUCAGACGUGUUCACACCGGAGUGCAAAUUUAAGGAAUCAGUGUUUGAAAACUACUAUGUCAUCUACUCCUCAACGCUGUUCCGACAGCUGGAGUCCGGCCGGGCCUGGUUCCUUGGACUCAACAAGGAAGGGCAGGUCAUGAAAGGAAACCGGGUGAAGAAAACAAAACCCUCAUCACACUUUGUACCAAGACCAAUCGAAGUGUGCAUGUAUAGAGAGCCAUCACUGCAUGAAAUUGAAGAGAAAAAGGGAGGCUCGAGAAAAAGUUCAGGGACUCCAACCAUGAAUGGAGGCAAAGUGGCCAAUCAAGACUCGACAUAACAGGAUCUUCACAACCCCCUCCCCAGAGCACUGGAAUGGGCAGGCAUUCACAAACCCCUCCCCAGAGCACUGGAAUGGGCCCGCAUUCACAACCCCCUCCCCAGAGCAUUGGUGAAAAAAACUAAACAAGGACUGAACCCCCUGGCCUUUGCACCAUUUUAGAGAAGAAAAAAAGAAAAAUAAAUAUUUGAAAUCAGGACUUGAAUUUACAUUUUAUGCAAAAGUCUUCUGUUUGACAACAAGGAAUGUUCAUGUUUGCAUUCUGAAAAUAAAAAGUGAACUUUAAAAGUUACAUUUUGGAAUUAGACUUAGUUAAUACUGUUAAUGGAGCCUCGCUAAAAUUCCAGCAUGACAUUUUAAAUGUUCAAGUCACUUUUGCUCACAUUGUGCUAUUCUUGUUUAUUUAUUUAUUGAAUUAUUGAUUUUAGACCAGUCAUUUAUAUAAUAUCAUUUUGAUAGGUAUGCUUAUGGAGGAUUUUAUCUGAAUAUGCUUCCCAAAACCAAGCUGAAAUAUUUUUGUAAGAGUGUCCAUCAUUUUGGUAAAUUAAUUCAAUUUAUUUAUCUUUAAUAAUUCUUUAUUAUCUUUUGGUCAAGAAAAAAAUGUGUCAAAUUUCCACGAUCGUGUGAAUUCAAGCAAUGAAAGGUCUGCUCUCACAGUUAUAAAUAAGGAUGCAUUCAGAAUACAG